AUGGGAAAGAAGCGAGUCCUUAUUGGGUAUGGCAUCGACGUGGAUGCGGUCAGUGGAUGUCAUGCGGACCCAACGGAUGUGUCGCGUGGUGUUUUCGGAGCAACAGUCGGCAUUGACCGUCUUCUUAAGCUCUGGGAACGCUAUCACAUCAAGACAUCGUGGUUUGUUCCAGCACACUCGAUCGAAAGCUUCCCCGAACAGAUCGCCAAGGUUAGAGAUGCCGGUCAUGAAAUAGGCUUGCACGGUUACACUCACGAAUUCGUGUCUACUCUGACCGAAGACCAGCAACGGGAUGUUCUUAGACGCUCGAUCAAUGUACUUACCUCUUUCGUGGGCAAGAAGCCGCGAGGCUGGACAGCCCCUGCUUGGGCAACGUCUCGGGAGUGUGUCAAGCUUUUGGAGGAGUUUGGUAUUGAAUAUGAUCACUCCUUUAUGCAUCACGACUUCCAGCUGUACUAUCUCCCACACAUCAACACGGAUCCCUGGAAGGAAACCGACACGAGCAAGGACGCGGAGACUUGGAUGGUCCCGAUGAGUGCGUGGAAAGACUCGAGCGUCGUUGAGAUUCCAGCAAAUUGGCAUCUGGACGACUGGCCCCCUUUCCAAUUCUCGUUCAAGGGACCAAGCCACGGCUACGUUGAUCCGUGGGCGUUGGAAAAGCUCUGGAGAGAUCAGUUCUCAUUUUGUUAUCGAGAGUAUGACACCUUCAUCUUCCCUAUCAGUAUCCAUCCACAGGUCAGCGGGAAACCGCAGGUCUUGCUCAUGCAUGAGAGAUUCAUUGAAUUUGUCAACGGGCAUGAGGGCGUCGAAUGGGUGACGAUGGACCAGAUGGUGGACGAGUUUAAAGCUGGUAACAUACAAGGUGCGACGGUGAAAGGCGGGCAGAAGGGCAAAUAG